AUGAAAGUGCUGGUAUUGGGUAUGCCCCGCACAGGGACUCAGUCCCUGGCCGGCGCUUUGGCCGAGCUUGAUAUCACGCCCACAUACCAUAUGCGUGAGGUUGCCAAGAACAAACAGCAGGUGGCCUGGAUCAAGGCCAUCGAGGCCAAGUACGAGGGAAAGGGGACGCCGUCCGGACGCGAGCAGUUCGACGAGCUCUUCGCCGGCUACGAGGCCGUGGCCGACUACCCGGCGGCCAUCUUCCCGAACGAGCUGCUCACCGCGUAUCCCGAGGCGGCCGUCAUCCUGACGACGCGCGGCGAGGACGCCUGGUACGCCAGCAUGAUGUCCACGCUCGUCCACGCGCACCUCCACGCGCCGCGCAAGAACCCCUCGCUGGCGGCCAAGUAUCAUACCCAUUGCUGGAAAGACGACUUUCCAACGUACGGCCGCGAGGCGUACCGGAGGCAGAACGAGGUCGUGCGGGAGGCGGCAAAGGGCAGGAGAUUCCUCGAGUACAAGACGGGCAGCGGAUGGGGUCCGCUGUGCGAGUUCCUGGGCGUUGACGUCCCGGAGGUCCCAUACCCGCGAAGCGACGACUGGGUGGCGUAUAAGCAAGAGGUCAAGGAGAAGGAGAAGCUGGCGAGGCUGGCGGUGGAGGAGAAGGAAAAGGAGAUGGGGCAGGGUAAACAGACAGAAGAGGCGUGA